AUGCAGCUCAUGCGCAUGCUGGGCGGCAUGCUGCUGGUGGCGACGCUCAUGUGCUCAGGUAAUCUCUGCAUCAGCGCGUCCAAGGAGGACGGCAAAAUUCCAUAUAGUAGCACGACCGUCACACUGCUCAUCGAGGUGCUGAAGCUGGUGGUUAUGCUUACUGCCAUCGUCUUAACGGAGACACCGCCGCCCGCGCGUUUUGCGCCCAUUGAGGCCUUCUAUUACGCCAUCCCCUCCUUCCUUUACACCAUCGACAACAACCUCAAUUACGUUAUCUUGCGCUACAUGGACGCUGCCACGCUUUCCGUGCUGUGGAACCUCAAGAUUGUGGUCACGGCUGUGCUCUUUCGCUUCGUGCUUAAGCACCCGCUGUCAGAGCUACGCAAAACUGCCAUUGUGCUACUAGCUGUGGGCGUACUCACAAGUCAAUCUAACCACGUGCGACAAAUGGAGAGUGCGAUGGCCACCAAGGGCAGCAGCAGCGGAAUGAAAAUGCAGUCAGAGGAAGAUGCGGCCGCAGACAAGAGCGCCAAUGAUCUUGUAAUUGGUAUACUGUUGGUGCUAGUGGCCGUCACAUUGUCGUCGUGUGCUAGUGUGUUCACCGAGUGGGCAUUUAAGCGGAAGUCGAACUGCCCGUUCCUAUGGCAGAACGUGCAGAUGUACGUGUUUGGCAUUCUAUUUAACACUGCUGGAGUUCUGUUAGUGGAGGGUGAAGAGAUUUUCUCCGAGGGAUUCUUUCAUGGCUACAACAAGUGGAUAUUGGCUGUGGUGGUGGUGAAUAGCAUUGGUGGCAUUGGCAUGGGCUUUAUCCUAAAAUACCUGGACAAUAUCGCCUGCGUGUACUCCCACUCUAUGGCGAUGAUGCUCACGAUGCUCUUCUCGAUGCUUUUCUUCUCCUUCCAACCGUCGCUGGAGUUUGGAUGUGGCCUCACGGUACUUGUCAUCUCCAUGUACAUCUAUCACCACCCCCUGGCACAUGCUGAUGUGAUGCCUUCUACGGACGAUACCAAGCACCCGGUUGGAGAAGUUGAGACAGCAAGAGCAAGAUGA